CGUAUUUUUCUCAUAGAAUAUGAAAAGUAUAAAAAAGAAAAGCAUCAAAAUGUAUUUUUUGAUUUGUUCAAAACUCCACAUGAAGUUUUUGAAAGUUUGCCAGAUAUGAAAAUUAUUAAUGAUAUAUUAAAAGAAAAUGAUCUGGACUCGUCAUUAGCAGCAUUGCCUU